CGGUCAGCGUGACCGAACCUCCGGUCAAAACAUGUCAUGCCCAACAAGCCCGCGCCUCGCUUCUCCGUGCUACCCGCGGGCAGGCCCGAAUUUGAAUUUGCAUUUCAUUUCGCCUUCAUUUGCAAGUGGAAAGCAGGUGCCAUACAAAGGCAACUACGGUGCGCUGUUGCCUUUUGACCAGAAACAGAGGAAGCAUGGAGGCUGCUUCUCCCCGCAUUCAGAUUCUCUCUCCUUAUUUAAUGGCCGCCCUCCUCCUACUGGUCCAGUAGAAACUAAGCGCAACCCUCUAGCCUCUCUUCUACCCAUGAGCCGCGGUCCCAAGAAGCAAUUCUCGCAUCCAUCGCCGCUAUCCAUGGAAGCCGAUGACUCGAGGAAGACGACGAUCCAUCCAUCAAUGGCGGAGGAGACCGUUUCCCUCCUUCUCGAGCUGUCUGCGGCGGAUGACCUUGCGGCCUUCAAGCAAACCGUAGAAAAAUCCGAUCUUGAUCUGGAUUCCUCCGCCCAAUGGUACUCUCGUUCUGUGGCACCGGUGUCCUCGCCGGCGAGAAAGAUGGCUUACGACCGCCGGACGCCGCUUGCCAUCGCUGCUCUCUACGGAAGCACUUCCGUCCUCAGCUACAUCCUCAGCCGGAACUCAGCUGAUGUCAACCGCCGCUGCGGCUCCGACGGCGUAACCGCCCUCCACUGCGCCUCUGCGGGUGGAUCAGCUGCCUCGCUUCAGGCCGUGAAGCUUUUGAUCGAAGCUUCCGCCGAUGUGGACGCAGUUGAUUCCAUGGGAAAUCGCCCCGGAGAUGUGAUAGCCAAGCAAUUUUCUUCAUCGAUGGCGAGAGAACUGGAGGUCAUUUUGAAAGCUCCUUGUCCUCGGGUUUCAUCUCCGUCCAAGUUAACAGGGGAGAAGAAAGAGUAUCCGCCGGAUUUAACGCUUCCGGAUAUCCAGAAAGGGAUUUAUGGAACGGACGAGUUCCGCAUGUAUACCUUCAAGGUGAAACCUUGCUCCAGGGCUUAUUCGCACGACUGGACUGAGUGCCCCUUCGUACAUCCAGGGGAGAACGCCCGCCGCCGCGAUCCCCGGAAGUACACCUACAGCUGCGUUCCAUGCCCUGAUUUCCGUAAAGCUUCGUGCUUGAAAGGAGACAACUGUGAGUACGCCCAUGGGGUGUUUGAAUCCUGGCUUCAUCCAGCUCAGUAUCGCACUCGUCUCUGUAAAGACGAGACUGGCUGCAAUCGACGCGUCUGCUUCUUUGCUCACAAGACGGAGGAGCUCCGAUCUGUGAAUCCAACCACGGCUUCUGUUGCAGGAGUGGCUCUUUCGUCACCAAGGUCGUCUCAGAUGGGGAUUUCAUCUCUCGACAUGGCUGCAGCUCUGAUGAUGAUGCAGUCCACCCCCGCUUCGCCUAUAUCACCUUCGGCUUCCUCAGCCUUAGCCUCAACAUCGGCCUGGAUGAAUCUCGCCGGAAGCAUGGUCCAGCCGCCGGUUUUACAGCUUCCAAGCAGCAGGUUGAAAUCAACUUUGAGCGCAAGAGAUUUUGAUUAUGAUAACGAUUUGCUCGGACUCGAUGGUUACCAGCAAAAACUGCUUGAUGAAAUGUCAAGCUUAUCGUCUCCUCGCUCGAACUGGAAAGCUGGCUCCUUGAGCUCCGUCGCUUCGCGUGUUACAGAUUACAGUGAUCUCUUUGGAUCUCUGGACUCCUCCAUGCUUUCCCCAUUGCAGAGUCUUUCGUUGAAGCAGGCAACCAGUGCUGCCACCGGGCUGCAAAUGAACCAAAGCAUGACCCAACAGCUGCUCUCUGGCUAUGGGAGCAGCUUACCUUCUUCCCCCACUGUCACUUCCUCGCCUUACGGGCUUGAACAUUCCAUGGCGAAGGCUAUCCUGAACUCCCGGCAGCCCGGCUUUGCGAAGAGAAGCCAGAGCUUCAUUGAUCGUGCCGCCGUUGCUCGCAAUUCCGCCGCUGCUCCGCCGCCGAUAUCAGCAUGCACAACCUCUUCUCUUGGUCUAUCUGAUUGGGGUUCCCCCAAGGGGAAGCUGGAUUGGGGGAUACAAGAAGAUGAGCUGAACAAGCUGAGAAAGUCUGCGUCUUUUAACUUCAGGGGAAACGCAGCCAAUAACAUUGUUGUUCCAGUCACUGCGCAAGAGUAGUAGAAGAAGCAUCAGCAUAAGGGUCCUUCUGGGAAGCCAUGGAUGGAUACUGAUAGUUAUGGAGCUAAUUUGUUAUAAUUUUUUUGUUAUUUUUUCUUUCAUCUUGUUCUCAAUCCAUUAUAUUUAUGUUCUUCAGCGGCUGCCUCUUAUAGAUGAAGAUAGGAAUGCCCGAAGGGGGGAAUCUGAACUGCGUGGAGGCUGCCUGUGCUUGUUCUUUCAUUCAUAGUUGUUGAAUAUAUCAUUAAAUUUAGACGUUUGGAGAAA